CAUAAAUUUCAAAUACACACAAACACAUACAUUAGCUCAAUUAUAAACUAUUCUUAAUCUGAGAUAAAUUAAUCGGGGAAUUUCCGUUUAAAAUUCAAAAAUAAUGUAACUAAUUGGUCACGAAAUGCUAUAUAAACUAUUAAAAGUGACACAAGAGCUCAGUAGAUAUAUAUUUGUCAGUUACUAAUGUAAACAAUAACUCUCAAUAAUCGGAAUAAAAUGGCUACACAGAAAAAUGAUUCUACAGAUAUCGAAGUCGUUCUUAAAGAUCUAAAAAAGAUAACCAAAGGCUCGCUUACAGAGCUUAAAUCAUUUGCAAAUCCACCACAACCAGUUAAAAGGGUCAUGGAGGCAGUAUGCAUUUUGCUUGGUAGGACUCCGUCAUGGGAACAGUCGAAGAAAUUACUUAGUGAUGUAAAUAACUUCAUGCAGCAGAUUCAGAAUUAUGACAAGGAUAAUGUAUCUCCGGAAAUAAUAACAAAGAUACGCAAUGAAUAUAUAAGUGACCCGGAGUUUAGUGUUGAAAAAGUAAAGAAAGUGUCGGGGGCGAUAUGGAAGUUAUGUUCAUGGGUUAUUGCUAUUGAAAAAUAUGAUAAUCUUAAGAAGUCUGCCGAUGGAAAAUAACCCACAUAGACCAUAUUGCAGGAACAAAAUGAUCACAAAAUGUGUAUACAUGGUAUAAUCAUCACGUGGUUUAAUUAAGGAUGCCGUCUAAACUUUUUUUUAUGAAUUUGUGCUUAUUUAUGUAUAAUGAAAAAGCUACAAAUUUUUCAUUUUUUGGCGGAAUUUCUCUUUAUAAAAACAAAAGAAAUAGUUGUUUUUCUUACAACCUGUGACAAAUAUAUUGUGAAUACUAAUGUUCACUUCCUGGCCAAAAUUAUGUAAAGACAAUACGAAUACCUAUGAGUAUGAAACCAAGUGAAUUAUUUGACAUUAAAAUUGUUCGUUACAAAAUAA